UGGUUGGACCAUCGGAGGGUCUUCUUUCCUAGGUCCGCCUUCAUAUACAAAUUUCUUUCUUAUUUUCCCUUCGGUUAAGGCUACACUUUGGCUACCACUUUCCAGUCUUGAUCUUGUCUUGUGAAGAAAGAAAACUUGUUUUUCGUUACAUUUAUUUUCUUUGAUCCACAAACACAACUCUUAAUUAUAUUUAAUAAAAUCACUCACCAAAGAAACUAAUCGGAAUCAUGAGCCGUGGCAGCGGAGGUGGAUAUGAUCGUCACAUUACUAUUUUCUCCCCUGAAGGCCGUCUCUUCCAAGUCGAAUAUGCAUUUAAAGCUGUAAAAGCAGCCGGGGUGACAUCAAUUGGGGUCAGAGGGAAAGAUUCUGUCUGUGUUGUUACUCAGAAGAAAGUUCCGGACAAGCUAUUGGAUCCAACUAGCGUAACACAUCUAUUUCCUGUUACCAAGUUUCUUGGAUUGUUGGCUACCGGCACUACAGCUGAUGCAAGGACCUUAGUUCAACAAGCAAGGAAUGAAGCUGCCGAGUUUCGUUUUAAAUAUGGUUAUGAGAUGCCUGUUGACGUAUUGGCUAGAUGGAUUGCAGACAAAUCUCAAGUGUAUACCCAACAUGCUUACAUGAGACCACUUGGAGUAGUGGCUAUGGUUUUGGGUAUUGAUGAUGAGAAUGGUCCGCGACUUUUUAAAUGCGAUCCAGCAGGCCACUUUUUCGGUCAUAAGGCAACAAGUGCUGGGUUGAAAGAGCAAGAGGCAAUCAAUUUUCUGGAGAAGAAAAUGAAAAACGAUCCUGAAUUUUCUUUUGAUGAGACUGUACAGACUGCAAUUUCUGCUUUGCAAUCUGUUCUACAAGAAGAUUUCAAAGCCAAUGAGAUUGAGGUUGGAGUGGUGCGGAAGGACAAUCCAGCGUUUCAUGUGCUCCCAACUGAGGAAAUUGAUGAGCACUUGACCGCCAUCAGCGAGCGUGAUUGAAAUUUACUUCUUUGAGGUUGCAUCUGUUAUCAUGUUAUUAGAAGUUUGUUUAGUUAAAAGUCAUAACAAUGUUGUUCUUCAAUCACCUCUUGUUUUCUAAACUAUUAACAUUUUGCAUUGUAGUUUAUUAUCCUUCAUAACUCCCAUUUAUUAGAUAAAAAGGAAAAGUAAUCACAAUUAUUCCGUUA